CAUAAUUCACCAUUCAUACAUAGGCUUAGGCUCAGAAAUAAUCACAAGUGUUUGUAAAAUAAAAGUAUGUAAUAUAACGGGCGUUUAUUAAAAAACAGUCGAGUGGACACCGUGCCGUGAAUUUACGGGGUUGACAACAAUCAUCGGGGUACUCGGACAAUAUCAAUUAUCAAUGUACCAGCAAUAGUGUACAUCCACCUACCCGCACAUACAUACCCACAUACACUUGAGAUUGUGAUUUCCAAUUACUGAUUACUCUCAUGUUACCUUAAUCACCGAUAAUCUUUAGUAAAAAAUUAAAAAAAAAAAAUCCAGCAAUGCGAGUUAAUUAAUAAUUUUAAAUUUGCUGAUUGUUGCUUUUAUACAAAUGCACUAACAACAAUACCAGUAAUAGUAACAAUUGUAAUAAGUGAUGUACAUACAUUUAAAUAUAUGUAAUUUGACAGUGGUUAGAUGAAUAGUGGCAUCAAGAGGGGGAUAGAUUGUUCCGCCAUAUUUAGCAACUUGUGACUUAUACAUACAUAUAUACUCAUAAUACUUAUAGGCAUAUACACGUUAAUAUAUAUAUAUAUAUAUAUAUACGAAGAAUAUAAUAGUGUGCACAGUGGAUUAACCCUGACUCUUUCAGUAUCGUGCAAUAACCAAAUUUAUUUGUAACUUUUUAUUUAACCUCAUCAAAUCAAUCAUAUAUUUAUAUAUACAUAGAUAUAUUCAUUGUAUUAUUAAGUAAACCAUGAUUACCAUGCCUUGGUUUACAUCGUAUACAAAUUAGUGUGUACAAGAAGAAGAUAAUAGUUUUUUUAUAACCAGUCUGUCAUCGAACUUCUCUUUUACUUCUACCUCCUACUUGUUCUUAAUAAAUUGCAUCACAGUUGUGAUUCAACAGCGAUUUUAAAAAUGAGUUUCUUUGGAUUUGGACAAUCUGCUGGCUUGGAGAUUAUUUUAAAUGGUGCAGAGACUCGUAAAACAGCAGAAAUAAAAUCUGAAGAUGGCAAAAAGGAACGACAUUUUCUUUACUAUGAUGGAGAAACUGUUUCUGGAAAGGUUAUUGUGAGUUUGAGAAAAGCCGGAAAGUUGGAGCAUCAAGGUGUUAAAGUUGAGUUUAUCGGACAAAUAGAGUUAUAUUAUGACAGAGGGAAUCAUCACGAGUUCACGAGUUUAGUGAAAGAACUUGCAAGACCUGGAGAGCUGACACACAACACGGAAUACACCUUUGAGUUUGCUAAUGUCGAAAAACCCUUUGAGAGUUAUACGGGGUCAAAUGUACGUUUGCGGUAUUUUUUACGAGUUACUAUUGUUAGGAGAUUGAGUGAUUUGGUCAAGGAAUUGGAAUUAGUUGUUCAUACACUUAGUUCUUAUCCUGAUAUGAACAAUCCUAUUAAAAUGGAAGUUGGUAUCGAGGAUUGUUUACAUAUUGAGUUUGAAUAUAAUAAAAGCAAAUAUCAUUUAAAAGAUGUUAUUGUUGGGAAGAUAUACUUUUUACUAGUCAGAAUAAAAAUAAAACACAUGGAGAUAGCAAUAAUUAAAAGAGAAACUACUGGUUCGGGGCCUCACACAUUUACGGAAAAUGAAACAAUAGCUAAAUAUGAAAUAAUGGACGGUGCACCUGUUAAAGGUGAAUCAAUACCAAUAAGAGUAUUUCUAGCUGGAUACGAUCUAACGCCAACGAUGCGUGAUAUCAAUAAGAAAUUUAGUGUAAGGUACUAUUUAAAUCUCGUACUAAUGGAUGAAGAAGAUCGCCGUUACUUCAAACAACAGGAAAUAACCUUGUGGAGAAAAGGUGACAAAAGUAGAAAAUCUCAAACGGCAUCACCACAUUUGCCAUCUCAUCUCGUGUCAGCAGAAACAGGAUUCCCUCAAGGUGCAGCAAUGAAUGGCCCAGCACUAGCAUCACCACCUUCUAAUUCCAACGAAGCAGCAGACAAUCAGGACGACGAUGAUGAUGAAGAGGACGAUUCAACGUACGAUCAACCAGCUGCGCCGAUCGAAGGAAUGACCCGCGAAGAAGGCGACGGGGAAGGCGAAAAAGAAAUAAAUUCUGAGAAUCAAUGAACUUCAUUGGUUAAUUAUCAGUAAUUCAUUAUAUAACAAUUUUAUAAUUUUUUUCAAACAAAAAAUAAUUAAAAAUUUUUAUUAUGAUCCUGGAGAUGAUUAGAACAGUUAACGGACGUAUUGAUUGAUAUACAAGUAUGAAUAUUAUUAUUAAUAUUAUAAUUAUAAAUAUAUAACAGGCUCGGUCUAUGGAUUUAUCAGCAAAUUAUUAAUAUCAAUAAUAGCUGUUGUCCACAAGAAUAUAUAUAUUUAUAUAUAUAUAUAUAUAUAUAUAUUUAAAUAAGUCUAAUGAAACAGACUCUUAUAUACUUAUUAUGUACAUAUGUGUAUAUAUACUGAAAUUACCCGGAUUCCAAGUGUCCUUGGUAAAUAACUUGUGUCUUAUAUUACUCCGAGAAUAACAGAUUAAAAAAAAAAACACAUUAACUAACAGGAAAAUAAUA